UUGUAUUGACCGUGGUUUCAGUUCACUGGCGUUUUAGGUUUUCAACAUACGGCUGGGAACUGAGUACUAGGGUUUUUGAUUUCUCUUACGAAUCCCUCUCCUCUCUCAAUGGAUCUUUCAGACAUCAAUUCACCCGAAAUGCAGAGGUUCUACUCAGAAGAACAAGAGAGAGCCAUGGUUAAUGAAAUGGUGGCAAAGCUAACAAGUGAAUGUUGGGACAAAUGCAUCACGGGUACACCUGGGAAUAAGUUCAGUUCAAGUGAAUCUAGUUGUCUUUCAAACUGUGCACAGCGUUACACGGAGAUGACCAUGCUUAUAAUGAAUAGGUUUAAGAGCAUGCAAUGAAGAUCAAGGCUAUCAAUAUUCUCAGUUGACCAAUGUAGUCUUAAAUUUCUCCAUUUUCACAAUCAUCAAUCUUAGUAUCAUUAUUACCCAAUAUUUGGUUCUUUUUUGGUUGUCGAGUGAGAAUAUUUAGUUUGCUGAGUUUUAUUUAUAUUUGGUGAGAUUUAUAUGAAUUUUACCGGAUAAGAAAGAGUUUAUUGGUGUGUGAUAUUAGUAUCUCACUAUUUCUCAAAAAAUAAAUAUGUUUUUAUGAUUGUGAUACAA